UUAGAUUGUUGUUCAGCACAAUGCAUUGUGGGAAUGCUUUUUGGUCAUGAGUAGAUCAUAAAGCAUGUUCCCAGCAAUUCCGUGAACCUCUCAGUUUAGACGGGGUCUGAGGCAGAUCGACAUCCAACAUAGAAAUACUCAAAGUCAUUUCAUAACAUUUCUACCAUUCACGAUCGAGGUAAGGUCUCCUCAUGGCUUUCGAAGGUAACACAUGGUGGACAUACACUCUCUUCUCAAUAAUUGCCGUCCUCGCAUUGGCAGGCAACACACUGGUCCUAUUUGUUCUUACCACGAAACGGCAUUACUUGAAACAGCCUUACAACAUCUUUAUAUUCAGUUUGGCUUUAACAGAUGUCCUGUCCGCAAUAUUUUUGAUAAUCAGCAGAUAUCUCUACUUGCCCGCUACACCUGAUAAUGAAACAAGAGGAGAGAUAUUCUGUCGGACAAUCUGGUCAGCGUGGAUCCUUUUUACUCUUGGUUACAUCUCCAUUUACACGUGCGCCGCUCUCACAGUUGAGCGUUGGCUCGCAGUCACCAAGCCCCACCUUUAUCGUGCGAUUAAACCAGAGCAAGCGAUAAAAGCUGUGGUAUUCGUGUGGAUUUGGGGAAUUGCCAUAAAUAUCACUACCCUCUUCCGAGCCAAAUAUAUCCCUGGCAAGCAAUCGUGUACAUGGACAUCCUUAAGUGUCGCCAACGAUGAACUGCCAUGGAUGGACUUCGCAUUACAAACUCUGCUACCUGUGCUGGUCAUGAUUGGCCUCUACAUACACAUACUUGUGACAUUGCGCCGUCUACCAGUUAUGUCAGCUGAACAUCGUCCCACCAAGAAGGUCACAAUUGUAGCACUAGCAGCGUCGACGGCCAUAGUGCUAGGUUGGAUUCCAAGCAGAAUCACUUUCAUGAUGAGUAAGUACGGAGUUGUGGAUCCAAAUAGUUUGCUGCACUACUGUCUCAUAAUGUUGUCCAUUGCAAACAGCUGCUGGAAUCCGGCGUUGUAUGGUGUUUACAGUUCACACUUUCGAAAAGAAUACAUUUCGAUUUACAAAAAGGUGUUUCAUUUCAAUAAACCAAAAGAACCAUCACCGAUGAAAGGCUUCACAAACAUUGGCUUGGCAGUUACCACAACAGGAUCUGGUCCGACAAACCGUAGCAGCAGCACUCAACUGUGAUAAGCGUCAUGUAAGCAUGUCAUCAUGUAACUAUUACAUCAUGUACCAAUAAAAUUACGUAUAUAUGUAAUUAUCUAACCAUGAAAUUGUGUAACUAUAUGUGACGUCACGUAACUUUAUGUAACUAUGUAACUAUAUGUGACGUCACGUAACUAUAUGUGACGUCACGUAACUAUAUGUAACUAUGUAACUAUAUGUGACGUCAAGUAACUAUAACAUGUUCUCAACUGUAAUAUGGCAUCAUGAUGAUUAGCAAAAAAAAAAGGAUUCCAACAAAACAUUCGUUAACCAAUCGUCACACAAAUUUGACAGUUAAAUGUAGACAGUGUAAGUAAACUUUAAAGUAAAACUUGAAUGGAUGACUUAAGAGAAAAUAAACUGUUCGUUUCGAAAAGCAAA